AUGAGCCCCCUGCAGCCCCUGCUCAAGGAAGAGGCAGCCCUUGUGGAGUCCCCCAGAGAAGUGGACAUGGGCUCUCCCAGCAAGGAGGAGGCAGACCUUGGCACAGAUCCUGGCUGCUGGUCACCCCCUGGCAUCCAAGCAGAUAGCGACGCAGACCUGGCAAACUCCCCCCAGCCCCAGAUGUCAUCUGACUCUCAGGGCAACGAGGCCAGUGCUGCUUCUCCCACCACGGGCACCGAGCUGCCUUCUUCCCCCAACAAGAAGUCCUGUAGCCCCGGUGCCCACAGCCCAGCCAACGGGGAGCCCUUGGAGCCAGGGGCCCAGCGCCCUGACUGUCCUGUGGGCCCUUCUUGCCCAACAGGACGCUCCUCCAGGCAGGGGCGCCAGCACCAGUGUGGGGAGUGUGGCAAGACCUUCCUGCAGCUGUGCCACCUGAAGAAGCACGCUUUCGUGCACACGGGGCACAAGCCCUUCCUCUGCACGGAGUGCGGCAAGAGCUACAGCUCCGAGGAGAGCUUCAAGGCCCACACCCUGGGCCACCGUGGUGUGCGGCCCUUCCCCUGCCCACAGUGUGACAAGGCCUACGGCACCCGGCGGGAUCUCACAGAGCACCAGGUGGUGCAUUCCGGGGCUCGACCCUUCGCGUGUGACCAGUGCGACAAGACCUUCGCCCGGCGGCCCUCCCUGCGGCUGCACCGCAAGACCCACCAGGUGCCGGCCGCCCCUGCCCCCUUGCCCUGCCCCUGCCCGGUGUGCGGCCGGCCGCUAGCCAACCCGGGCUCGCUGCGCACCCACAUGCGGCUGCACACGGGCGAGAAGCCUUUCCUGUGUCCGCACUGUGGCCGGGCUUUCCGCCAGCAGGGCAACCUGCGCGGCCACCUGCGGCUGCACACGGGCGAGAAGCCUUACCGCUGCCCACACUGCAGCGACGCCUUCCCACAGCUGCCCGAGCUGCGGCGCCACCUCAUCUCGCACACGGGGGAGGCCCACCUGUGCCCCGUGUGCGGGAAGGCCCUCCGGGACCCCCACACCCUGCGAGCCCACGAGCGCCUGCACUCCGGGGAGAGGCCUUUCCCGUGCCCCCAGUGUGACCGAGCCUACACCCUGGCCACCAAGCUCAGGCGCCACCUCAAGUCACACCUGGCGGACAAGCCUUACCGCUGCGCCACCUGCGGCAUGGGCUACACCCUGCCCCAAAGCCUCAAGCGGCACCAGCUCAGUCACCAGCCCAGGGUGCCUGUGUCCCCCGCCCAGGGGUGUCCAGCUGCAGCGGAGCCUGCCAUGGUGCUGCUGCAGGCAGAACCCGGCCUGUUGGAAUCCGGGGACCGGGGGGGCAGCUCCCUGGCCCAGGACGUCAUUGAGGUCACCCUCACUGAGGACCACGGGAAGUGCUUUGUGGUACCCGAGGAGCCAGGGCCACCCUCUAGCCUGGUGCUCAUCCACAAGGGCUUCAGCAACUGGGCGGAGGUGGUGGAGGUGGAGGUAGGCACCUGA